AUCCGGAUCACAGCCUAUUUGGACCACUUUCCUUUACAUGAAGAGCUAUCUUAGGAGUGAGAUCCAAAUCUAUAAUCAAACUUCUUAUACAUUUCAGCCCUCUGUUACAUCUUAACUUGAAGGUAUCUUUGAGUAUCUUCUGACCCUAGAAGAUCCUGUUCAGUCUGCAGACUUCAACAGAAUCGGAGAACCUGGACAGAGCAGAGUAACCAGCAAGAGAGCCCAGGGAUAGCAUUAACAUGGUGGUUAUUCAAGACCUGACUCAGCCAGGGAGACAUGCCAAGGCCUGCGAGGUUCCAGUGUCAUUUGAGGAUGUGGCGGUUGAUUUCAGCAGAGGGGAAUGGCAGCAAUUGAACUCUUUUCAAAGAUGCCUAUACCAGGAUGUAAUGCUGGAGAACUAUAGUCACCUGCUCUCAGUGGGGUUUAAAGUUCCUAAACCAGAAGUCAUCUUCAAGAUGGAGCAAGGAGAGGAACCAUGGACACUGGAGGAGGGAGCCCCACGCCAGAGCUGCAAUGGAGGAAAGUUUAGGAUUAAUAAUAACUCAGAAAAAAGAAUUUCUGAAAAAGCUACAGUUUACAGUGAAACAGUAGAUGAAGAUUCAAGAGAUGAUUCAUUGUAUUCCAUCUUAGAAGAAAUGUGGCAAGAUGCUGAAUGGAUGAAAAGAUACCAGGGAAACCAGUUCUACCCUUUGAAUCAUGCUGCUUUCAGUAAGAAAAUAUUGAAUACUAAGAGGGAUUCUGAAUGUACAGAUAUUGGAAAGCAUGUACACCUCAAACCAAAUGUUCUUUCACAGAAAAGACUCCAUAAAAAAGACUCAUUUGGAAAGCAUUUUAAGCAUAAUUUAGACUUACAUAUUCAUAAUAAAAACAAAGCAACAAAGAAUUCUGACAAAAUAAUGAGCCGCAGGCAAGGUUUUACCCACAGUACUUCUUAUACUAACCUUGAAAAUCCACAUAUGGGAACAGAAUUCUGUGAAAGUAAUCAGUAUGGAAAAGUCAUCAGAAUCAAGCAUACAUGUAGACAAAGUAUGAUAUUUCCUGUUGGGGAAGAGCCAAAAACAUGUGAUGCAUUUGGGAGAAUCUUCACCCAAAAAUCACAUAUCUUCACUGCUUCCAGAAGUCACAAUGUAGAAAAACAUCGUGAACUUAAUAAAUGCAUAAAUGUUUUUACACAGAAGCCACUACUUAGUAUAUAUCUGCGAGUUCACAGAGAUGAAAAACUAUACAUAUGUACUCAAUGUGGGAAGGCAUUCAUCCAGAAUUCUGAAUUAAAGAUGCACGAGAAAACUCACACUAGAGAAAAACUGUACAAGUGCAGUGAAUGUGGAAAAUCAUUUUUCCAGCUGCCAUCUCUACUUAGGCAUCAAACAACCCAUACUGGAGAAAAAUUCUAUUCAUGCAGUGAAUGUGGGAAAGAUUUCUCCUUGAGUUCAGCCCUCAAUAUACACCAGAAAAUCCAUACUGGGGAGAGACAUCACAAAUGUAAUGACUGUGGGAAAGCCUUUACCCAAAAGUCAACACUCCGAAUGCAUCAGAGAAUUCACACAGGAGAGAGAUCUUAUAUAUGUACUAAAUGUGGACAGGCUUUCAUCCAGAAGGCACACUUGAUUGCACAUCAAAGAAUUCAUACUGGAGAAAAGCCUUAUGAAUGCAGUGACUGUAGAAAAUCCUUCCCUUCUAAGUCCCAACUUCAGAUGCAUAAGCGAAUUCACACUGGAGAAAAACCCUACAUAUGCACUGAGUGUGGGAAGGCUUUCACCAACAGGUCAAACCUCAAUACUCACCAAAAGUCUCAUACUGGAGAAAAAUCUUACAUAUGUGCUGAAUGUGGGAAGGCCUUUGCUGACAGGUCAAAUUUCAAUAAACACCAGACCAUUCAUACUGAAGAAAAGCCCCAUGUUUGUGCCAGUUGUGGGAGGGCCUUCAUCCAGAAGUCACAGUUAAUUACACACCAGAAAAUCCACACUAUGGAAAAACCUUAUAAAUGUCCCGACUGUGAGAAAUCCUUCUUCAAGAAACCACAUCUCAAAGUACACCAGCGAAUCCACACAGGAGAGAAACCAUACAUAUGUGCAGAGUGUGGGAAGGCCUUCACUGACAGGUCUAAUUUCAAUAAACACCAGACAGUUCACACUGGGGAUAAGCCCUAUAAAUGUAGUGAAUGUGGAAAGGGCUUUACUCAGAAGUCAGUUCUAAGUAUGCAUAGAAGUAUUCAUACCUGAAAGUAUCCCUGCUUCAUCUAAACAAGACAACUUUAUGAUAGAAGUCAAAUCUAAGUGAAUAAGAUUCAUCUAAGACAUAUUUGUGUAAAUACCCUGUACAAAAUAUCCAGGUAUCUCACAUGAGAUAAGAAAAAAAUGUUUUGAAAAGACUCUUUAAGAAUAUAUCGGAAAGGGGGAUUUUUUAUAUUUGCAUGGCCUCACAAAGCAGAAUUCAUAUUGGGAAGAAUGUAAGUUUGAUACAUUAAGAAAUGUCUUUUUGUAUUCCUAUAUUACAAAGCAAAUUGUUACCAAAUUCUUUUUUUAGAAAGAAAUUAUGUAAGUUUCAGUAAUGUAAGUAAUUAAAAGUAACAUCAAGAUGAAUGAUAA